UCGCUAUUUCUCCGCUCCUCCGUCGGCGUUCAGUCCUACCUACAUACUUGGCGGAGAGCGAGGCGAGGCGAGGCGAGACGAGGCACGGCUUCGGAGUGGUGCGGAGCGUACGACCGUCCGGCCCGGUCCGGAGCGAGGCGAGCGCAGCGCGACGCGAUGUUGGCGCGCGGUGCGCACGUGGACGUGCUGUUGUUAGUGCAUUAGCGAGUGCGACAUGGUGCGGACAGUGCAGUGUUUGUGAACAGUGUGUAUAAAGUGACCAGUGCCUGUGGAUUACUUACGUGUGGCGCGCAUGGACGCCGGUCGUGUUGUGUGUGCGUGGAGAAGACGGGGCACGCCAUGCUGCUAGAGUGCUAGCAUGGCCCACCCGGCCGGCAACUCGCAGCACCACUGCAAGGACUGCAACAUCUUCUUCGACAGCUCCAAGUCGCUGGACGUGCACCUGCAGUACCACCAGGAGCAGCCCAAGUGGGGGCCCGGCGCGCCGCCCGGCGCGCCACCCGGCGCUGCGACCAGCAGCCAUGCCGAGGACAACAACAACUUCAUCAAGCCCGCUGGCGCGGCGGGCCCGCAGCAGGGCGCCAAGCGGGGCGACUUCGGCGCGGUGACGGCGCCGGCGGACUCAAGCGACAUGCAGGCCUUCCAGCAGCCGCCGCCGCAGAACUACCAGCCCUUCUCGCCGCAGUUCAACUUCAACAACAGAACGCGGAGUCCAACACCCAACGGUCCCAACGGCAUGACGAAUCAAGGUUUUGGUCCGGCGGGCCAGCAACAGCAGCAGCAACAACAGCAGCAGCAACAACAGCAGCAGCAGCAACAACAACAGCAACAAGAGUUUUCCAACAUGCGGCCGCCGAGCACGGGCUCUAUCAAGCAAGAACCCGGGUCGUUUAGCUUUGGCGGCCCGGAGUCUCAGCCAGGUGAGCAGAACGGUCAGUCUGGUAGCAAUUACAUCUUAGGCCCCGGCGACGACUUUCCUGUCAUGUCGAACAACGGUGGGGUUAGGCCGCCGUCGACGCCCAACUCGGCGCCGCCGCCGUCGCCUCAGUCGUCGCAGAUGCAGAUCCCGACGUCGACGCCGUCGUAUCGUUUCCACCCUUACGGCGGCCACCCUGGCAUGGCGCAGCAGUACAACCCCGAGGGCCGCAACGUGGUGUCGUCAUCAUCCCCUGUACCUAGGCCGUCCCCCGCGCCCUCACCGCAACACUGCGAGAAGUGCGGCGUCAUGUGUCCGUCGCAAGAGUCGCUCCGGGAGCACCAGGCCCUAGCGCACCCCCCGCAUGGCCCUCCCCACGGCCCUCCGCAUGGCCCGCCGCAUGGCCCGCCGCACCUGCAGGGACCACCCCACGGUCCCCCUCAUGGACCUCCUCAUGGACCUCCUCACGGGCCCCCGCACGGGCCCCCUCACGGCGCGCCGCACGGCUUCCAGCAGUUCCAGCCCUUUAGACCUAAGCAGGAGCAGCAGGACGAGGAGUCUUCCAUCCUGGACCUGGACUCCCAGAAGAUCAACAGCGCUUACCACCAACAACAGCAGGAGGAGGAGCGGAGACGGCAGCAGCAGCAGCAGAUGGGCGGCCAGCACUCCGUGUCCGCGCUGCUCAACUGGGUGGACUCCAACUCGCCCGCGGGGCCGCCGGGUCCGCCGGGACCCCCCGGCCAUCCCGGGCCGCAGAUGUGGCAGCGGAACGGGAUGCAGCCUGUCAACGGCCCUCUCGGUGGUGGUAUGCCAUCGGGACCCAUGGGCCCCGGCCCUGGGCCGGGUCCUGGGCCCGGUCCUGGAGGACCUCCUUUCAACCCCGCUCACCAUGGCAUGCAGGGUCCUCCGCAGCCGCAAUACCAGCACCGGCCGUACCUCAACGCCGUGCCGGACAGCGCGGUGAGCGGCGUCAACGGCAGCCCCAUGCCCCAGCAGCUCAUCACCUCGUCGGCCAACCCUAUGUCACCAGGCGGCCCUGGCGGCGCCCUCGAGGGGGGCGGCGGCGGCGGCGGCCUCACCAAGGGCGGCGGCAAGUCCAGCGGCAACGCGUCGUGGAAGUCCAACGAGGCGCGGCGGCCCAAGACGUACCACUGCUCGGCCUGUAACAAGUGGUUCACCAGCUCGGGCCACCUCAAGCGGCACUACAACACCACGCUGCACAAGAACGCCGUGAAGCAGAGCGGCGCGCCGGACCCGGCGUCGUUGCCCGUGAGCACGCACCACCACCCUGACCGCGACCCCAAGCACAGCAACGGGAGCAAGCGCGCCACCCCCGUCAACCUGGACUCGUCGGCCAGCCCCGCGCCCAGCAGCGGCGGCGGCGAAGAGUCCUCGCCCAGCGACGACGCCAGCCACAGCAACGGCUUCGGACGCACCACCCCCGGGCUGCCGCCGCCACCGCAGCAGCAGCCUCCCCCGCAGCAAUCCAUGCAGCACAUGCCGCCGCCCCACCAAACCCACCAACUUACGGCGAGUCCCCCAAACCGGCUGGCAGGUCCCUCGGAGAUGGCAACGGGGGGCCUGCUGUCCAUGUCACCGUACCACCACGACCCCCACCCGGGUCUGGGGCCGCUGCCGGCUCAGCCUUCACCAACUCAGCAUCCUUUUUUAGGGGUGGGUUUGCACCCUUCCCUCCCGCCGCCCCACCUCUCGGCGCCUCACCCUAUCCACCAACCGGCGCCGCUGCACCAUUUCCAGCAUAUCCCGCCUACCUCAAUGGGCCACAGCCCGGGGGGCCACCACCCGCCUCCUUCUACGAUGGGCGGCCUUACUACGAUGACGGCUUACCCAAACGGUCUGCCCCCCCACGAUUCUAUCCCAACGACGCUAUCUACCAGCCACCACCACCCCCACCACCUCACCAGUACUACUGGUAACUUGCCACUGGAGCCGCACGGCACGGUGCUGCCGCCCAUGUCAACCCUGGUGCAGUACCCGGCCUACGGUGUGGACAGCUACGGUGGUUACGUAGUGAGUGCGUCACAGAACGUGGGGGGGCUAAGUCCCGUCCCUAUGGACCCCAACAUCAUGAUGCCAACCGCCCCUGAGGGCGAGCCUGCCGGAGCCCCCGGAGGCAUGGGAGCCCCUGCCCCCCAGCUGACGACAUUGGAGACGGCGCAGCCCAGCGCGCCCCUCGUCGGUCCGGCCACGGACGAGAUGAGCCUCAAGAUCUGCAACUCGUACUCGAUGGCGCCGCUGCGCGUGGACGAAGACGUGAAGCAGCACACUCUAGAUCCCCUCAAGAUCGAGCCACCCCGCUCGCCGCCCGACUACCCUACCUCGACGGACGACAUCAUGAGGGAGAAAGAGUUGCAGCGGAAGCAGAUGGAUGAGAGUGCGGCGAGGAAGCGGCGGAAGCGGCCGCGCUCUGAGGACACCAACGUGAACGUGAUAUCCAGCUCCACGGAGGGCAAGUCACCGCCCUCCGACAAGGUGACCAACAUGAGCGGCGGCCUGGUGUUCAAGUCGUCCAUGAUUUCAGAGGGUGGUUUCCACAAGUGCUUGGACUGCGACAAGGUAUUCAACAAAGCUUGUUACUUGACGCAGCACAACAAGAGCUUCCAUGCAGGAGAUAAGCCAUUCAAAUGUGAUCGCUGUGGAAAACGCUUCCAAACAGAGGACCUGUACAAAGAGCACCUGGGUAAGCACGCAGGUGAAAAGCCAUUCAAAUGUGAAAUGUGUCCGAAGCAGUUCAAUCACAAAACUGAUCUACGAAGACACCUCUGUCUUCAUUCGGGUGAGAAGCCAUACGCUUGUGAUGUAUGUGGCAAAGGAUUUAUUCGUAAGGACCACAUGUUAAAACACGUUGAGACUCAUAGCAGAAGCAGAAAUAAUACCAUUGUGAUAGCCCAUCACCAAAUUUCUGCGUGAUCCCCUGUCUAGUUAAUCCAGUGAAAAGGAAGUGAUUUGUUCUUUAUUAGUUCCCUGUGAGUGUAUCCAGGGCAAAUUGGACUUGUUUGAAGCUGAUGCUGGUGUGACUGCCCAGAUGGGGCAAUGCAAUAAGCUCUCUCUCCCAGUUAUGUUGAGUUAGAUUUGUUCUUAUUAAUUGUGCCAAAUUUUUGAAAGUUAUGGGCCAUUAUUUUGUUAGGUUUCUGAUGUCUGUUAAGUUGUUCCUUUUGUUCCUCGUGACUGUUCACGUAGGUUUUUCAAUGUUCCUCGCCUUUUGUUAAUUGACCUAGUUUCAAGUUCUAAUUUG